AUGCGUGCCUCGGCUGCCAGCGAAGUAAGGUUUAAUGACAAAAACAAAGCUCCCAUCGGCACCGUCCUCGAUCUUGAACAUUGUAGGUGUCCUGCGCCUUUCCAGAGACUGAUUAUAUCUCCUCGCUUUUGUGGAUCGUCUCACCCAGUGGCCGGAAGCCAUCCCUCCGUCAAAUUUUGAGGCUCCAACGGUGAUAAAGGCCUUGUCAGUGGUUGGGUUACCAUCUUUGGUGCGUCGGCCACCAAUACGGGUGAUCGCAGGCCUCAAUGCGAAUCUAGACUCUUUCAGUCUACCCCCUCCUUCUCAGGCUAUACUCUGAUGCACAUGUAGCGGUGCUAUAAUCAGGGCUAAUCCUAUUUUGGAAGGGAGAAGAGAGACGGCACCAGAAUGAAGGGCUUAUAGUGCAAAGAACCCAGAGUUGUCCUCUCAGGCGACAGUGGCCAUUGGCGAAGCCAGGUCUGGUGUUGACUGCAUCCAGUCAGGCCUGAGAGUCGUUGGGACAGUGGUGGCAGCCGCUUUUGUAGGCUCGUGGGCCAAGCUCAAGUGAUGCCCAGUCAGCGUGUGUUGCAUUUGCCGAGGGGUGGUGUCCCAGUGGCUUGCUUUGCUGGUUGCAGGGGGUGGCGCGUUCAAGUGGCCGCAUGGACAGUUGCGACUGCGCGGACGCAGGUAUGCCCGAGCUGUUGGUUGUGUGACUUCAGGUCAGCUCGUCUGGGACGGCUCGCUGCAAGGGAUGAAUGACCUUGAGGCAGCGAGGUCUUGAACAAUGACGUCAGACCAGCCAGGAUGGCUAGCCGCCACACGCAUGUCAGCCCAUCAUCCGACUGCCCACGGGAUGGUCGAGCGAGUUCACUGCCAAGCGAAAGCGCCCUUUGCGCCUCGAGCGAUCCGGAGAAUUGGACGGACCAUCUCCGCCCUUAAUGCGAACCUUACCUGGUCCGCCGACGAAUUAGUGUUUUCUGUCACCGCCCGACUUCCCCCUAAGGUGAUCUCACCAAACCCCCUGGGUUUAGUCGAGGAUCCUACCAACAUCCUGCACCGUCUUAGACAAUUUAUGCGGGCACUCUCCCCAGUUCCCCUCAGGCCAUCAGUCUCCGAGUCCCAUCACGAGAAAGAGUUAGCGACAUGCUCUCACGUCUACCUCCGAUGUGGUAGGGUCCGCCAGCUACUGGAGCCACCUUGCGACCGUCCCUUUCGUGUUGUCUCUUGAUGGGCGAAGGCUUUUUGUAUUCAAUGCGGAACUUGGGAGAAGGUCUUUAGCGUGGACCGUUUCAAAGCUGCCUUCCGGAUACCCUCCCGGUUCGGCCCUGUGGUCCCCUACUCCCCGCUCCAUCUCCUCUAGCCUCUACCCCUUCGUCUCACAUACUUCUUCCUCCUCCUCCUUCCUCUUCUUCCUCCUCCUCCUCCUCCUCCUCCUCCUUCCUCUUCUUCCUCCUUUCCGCUUCUUCUCCUCCUCCUCCUCCUCCUCUUCUCCUUCUUCUUCUUUUUCUUCUUCUUCUUCUUCUUCAUGUUCACAGUCUCCAACGGCAAAUUCCACAUUUGUCUCCUACACUCUAG